AUGGGCCUCAACAACCCUCUGCCCUCGUCACUGGCGUCGGAGUGUAAGAAGUGCGGCAAGAUUCUCACCUCUUUCAUCGACCCCCGACAAGCUCUAUCGCCUGACAAGGUCAUCCCACCAGAGAUUCUUCGCAAUGCAAAGGGUCUUGCUAUUCUCACAGUCAUCAAAGCCGGCUUCCUGGGUUCUGCUCGUUUCGGUUCUGGCCUGGUAGUGGCCCGUCUCGACAAUGGCAGCUGGUCAGCGCCUACUGCCAUCAUGACUGGAGGCGCAGGUUUUGGUGGUCAAAUUGGUUUCGAGAUUACCGAUUUCGUCUUCAUUCUCAACGAUCGUAACGCUGUAAAGACGUUCGCGCAAGCCGGUUCGAUCACAUUGGGAGGAAAUGUUUCUAUCGCAGCGGGUCCCAUCGGUCGCAAUGCCGAAGCUGCCGGCGCGGCCUCGCUCAAGAGUGUAGCUGGCAUCUUCAGUUACAGCAAGACCAAGGGAUUGUUUGCCGGAGUCUCGCUCGAGGGUUCCGCCAUAAUAGAGCGCAAGGAUGCCAAUGAGAAGCUAUACGGCCAGCGCCUGACAGCCAUGCAGCUUCUCAGCGGCAGCAUCCAACCGCCUGGAGAGGCUGCGCCUCUGAUGCACAUUCUGAACGAUCCGAGAUUCCUAGGAGGCAAUGUAGGAGGCAAUGCAGGCGCAAGUAUGAGCCAAGACGAUAUUUACAACACUGAACCGGGGUACGGAGGAGGUCAGCAACAGUACGGCGGAGCGCCACCGGCAAACAACUUUGCACCUCCCCAGCGCGCAUCGACAUGGGACCAGUCUGGAGGCUCUGCCGCAGGCAGGGCUCCCCCCGGUAGACCUGCAGCCCCCAAGCCAAACGUUCCUAGCAAGCAGGGCCUGAUGAAGAACCAAGCGGUUGCUUCGUACACGUUUGAGAGCGAUACGCCGGGCGAUCUGACAUUCAAGAAGGGCGAAGUCAUCACGAUAUUGAAGAGAACGGAAAACGAGACAGACUGGUGGACAGGAAUGAUUGGUACGAGGCACGGCAUAUUCCCCAGCAACUACGUCAAGAUGCAGUAG